AUGUCCUUGUCACCGCCGAAGAAGAAAAACCUAACAACAUACUCGAAGAAGGCGAAACGGAUCCACCGCUCAACUUUCUCUUCACCAACUUCGGACAAUCGGCAAUCUCGCAGAAGACGCGUUACCUUGACAUCUCCUGUUCACACCGAAAAACCCCCUGCCAGUCCAGGCUCAAUUUCUCUGUCAUCGUCCGCGCAGAGCGAUGACGAUCACCAAGACAUCGAGAGACAACAAGUCGAGACAGAACUUACACAAUCAAGUAUCCGAAGACAUUCCGAACUACCAGCAGAACCUUCUCUGAAUCGUGAGAUCGUAUUGCCCGCGUCGCCAGAGCGGAUCGCGAGUCCCGUCAGCUCUUCCGAGCACGAUUACAUCUCGGAUGAUGAUCUGAUGCCCGCCGGUCGUGGUAGCCGAAAGCAGACAUCAAGAAACCUCAAGCCUUAG